GAGCGGUGGUCGACGUCAAUUAUGUCAUGACAUCGCUGGCCUGGGUCCGUAGCCAUUUUGGCUCAAGCCUUGUUUGGUUCGCGUUUCGCUGCCUCAGAGCUGGCGGCUGGUUCUUGCGGAGGUGGCCGUGACUGGACCCACAACAUAUUUUCUGUGUGGCGGGGGCGCGCACGCGACGAGCUCGCGCACAUGGUGAACAUGUCGGACAUCUUCACGGCGGUAAAGUCCGUCUGCUCGGUGUGUCUGUUGUUGUUCUCCGUCGUCGUCGUGAUGGCCCUCAUCUACGCGGGGGACACGAAGCUCUCCCGGGACGGGCACCCCGUGGUCGCCUUCGUUGUCAUCUGGGUCGCCACAGUGUGGCUCGCGGUGGUCGAGGGAGGUCAGGCCUCUCUGGUCGGACUCCCUCCCAUCCAGCCGAACCUCUACAAGGACAGUCAUCCAAUCACUCACCGCAUCACUGCGCUUGCUCACAGGGGCGACAACCUCAAUCGUUACCUCAUCGGGCGGCAGUUCUUGGUUGUCCUGAUCGUCUUCGUGACAAACAUGUCGGGCGCCCCGCUCAGAGAUGCCACUGUCCUUGGUUUGCCCGACGUGCUUCAGGAUGUAUUUUUGUCGUCAGGUUUGGCUAUGAUUUUGAUGUUGGCCAUGAUCGGCCAGCUUUCCGCUCAAGUUAAUGCUUCACACUGCAUGCUUGAUUUCAUCAAUUCCUAUGUCGCAUUGGCAACGCUCUACGUAGCAUUGGCAAUUGAGUUCUCUGGUAUCCUGCAUUCAGCAUACCUCAUUCGGUGGAUGGUUGAGAAACUCGCACGUAGACCAGCGACAUCCACUGGCAAGUCGAGCAGUGGUCUGCAGCGUUUUCUCUUCGCUGGGCGCAUCGUCUUGUCACUAUGUAUAUUGGGCUUCGCCUUGGCGGUGACGAUGUCUGCUUUAUUCCAAGGGAAGACGACCAUGUGGCCGGGUGUUCCAGAGGUGGUCUCUGUGCUCCUUUUCCUCUUUCUCAUGUCGGUCGUCGGCAUGCUCGAGGGUGCACAGAUUGCUUUCUUUGCUGUUGCCAAGCUUGACAAAUCGGAAUUGGGCAGCAAUCCAGUAGUUACAAAAACUUGCGAGCUCCUCUUUCGGGGAGACGGUCAUAAUCUUCCAGGUUUCAUGAUUGGCCGUCAGAUCCUUGUGACUAUGUGCUUCUUCAUCAUCGCUCGAGUCACCACUCUGAACGUCGACGCAGAAGCUGGCGAAGAAACUAUAUUCGGGGUAUCCCCUGGGGUGCAGGAUUUCUUCAACACUGGCUUGCUCGGUGCCAUCAUCACCACCACUGUCGGAUCUAUUACUUGGCAGUUGGUGGCCUCGGUUUUUCCUGUCGCGUUCAUGCACAACCCGCUGGUGUACGUUCUAUUGCGGAUCUGUUUGUUCCUUGAGUUCACUGGCGUUUGCUCUGGUGCGUGGGUCCUGGCCUCGUGCCACAAGUACAUGGCGCGUUUCCAGCGCGAUGAAUUCUACCUUGACUGCGCUGGCAGCGACAGUAAGGUCGACGUAGAAGUCGGUUCAAAUGUUGGCUUUCAGCCUGGCGCGGAUUCAAAGCCAUCGCUGGGAACCGAUCCGGGAACCUUUCACAUGGACCCAGCCAAGUACAUCAGCGAGGCUUGUCCAAGCACCAUCGGGAAGGAUCCGCAGCCGUCCGCAAGUUCGUCGUGACAGACGCUGCCCGUUGCCGACUUCAGAGUAAGCCAGUGCGGGUGAAUCGUCCGGGUAGCCUUGCCCCCCAACUGGUCUGGAAGACAGGGGGCCUAAUACACAUGUGAGUGGUCUUUCAAUAUGUCUGAAACCUUGACAAUAGUCGUUGCCUCGAAUGCCACAAUUAAGCCUUCAGGGCCAGCCAGCCUGGCCAGCCAGCCCGCCGCAGUUUCCGUCCGGUCCGGUAGCGACGGCCUCGUUGCCCCCGCGGCGGCGCUGGGCCUGCCCGAUGCGUCGGCGAGUGUACAAAGCCACUGCACGGCCUGUUCGACCCGCUGACUAAUACCUUUGCUCGCCACGCAGAGAAUUCAAGAAGAACAAACGCCAUAAUCAUAAACUUUUGGCGCUCCGCGCGGAUUUCUUGGAUCCGCGCUGGGCUUGACCGAUGCGUCGGCGAGUGUACAAAGCCACUGCACGGCCUGUUCGACCCGCUGACUAAUACCUUUGCUUGCCACGCAGAGAAAAAAAAAAUGACAUCGCUGGCCUGGGGACUGACGCCACCCCAAAGAUCGUGCGCCUCGAGGGAGUCGCACGACCCAGGUUUGAGCUCGCGUUCUGGGCCCCGCUGCCACCGAGUCUCGGACC